AUGUCAAGAACUAGAAAGGAACUCUCCUUAUGGAAUAAAGAGCACUUUGGUGACAUCAACAACAAGGUGAACAAUCUUCAAAAGGAACUCAACCAGCUACAAGAAAUACCUCAAAGUAGUAAUACUGAGGGUGAAAUCAUCAGGGUCAACAAUGAUCUCAAUAAGUGGCACAAAAUCAAAUCAGAAUUCUAUCAACAAAAGGAAAGGGAUCAAUUUAUUAAAUAUAUGGACACCAACAACAAAUUCUUUCACACAAAAGUCAACAAAAGAAGAGUAAGGAACAACAUAGAUGUCAUUCAAGACCAUAACAACAAUUGGCUUCAAACUAGAGAUCAAAUAGCUCAGCACUUGACUCACCAUUUCAAAAUCAUCAGUACAACCAACAAUCCAGUUAUUGAUGAUAACUUUUACUCCAUUAUACCAUCAAUCAUUACUGCAGAACAGAAUGUCACACUCACUAGAAUUCCAAGCAGUGAAGAUAUAUUUUCAACUCUCAAAAGCAUGGAAAAUUGGAGCUCUUCAGGGCAAGAAGGGUUUCAAGCUGACUUCUACAAAAGUCUGUGGGAAACAGUUGGAGAAGAUGUUUGCAACGUGGCUGCUUAUGUUUCGGGGAGACUCAUCAGUGAUAAUACAGUUCUUGCUCAGGAGAUUAUUCACUCAAUGAAGAAAAAAAGUGGUGAUAAUAGAUGGAUGGCACCUAAGUUAGACAUGUCAAAGGCUUUUGACAGGUUGGAGUGUCCUUUCUUUAUCGAAGUUCUUUCUUAUUUUGGUUUUAAUGAUGAUUUUUGUGAUCUUGUACAACAAUGCAUCAACAUAACACAACUUUCAGUGAUGCUUAAUGGGUCUCCUUGUGAAGCUUUUACACCAACAAGAGGCAUUAUGCAGGGUGAUCCCUUAUCACCUUACCUAUUUAUUCUUGCAAUGGAAUUUCUUUCAGGACAGCUCAUAGAAGCUCAACAAGACAGUAGAAUUAAAGGAAUUAAAGUGGUUUCCUUAGCACCAGCCAUUAAUCAUCUACUUUUUGCAGAUGAUUGCUUGAUCUUUACUCAAGACAAUGUCACCACAGUCAAUAACUUAUUGGAGCUUCUACAACAUUUUAGCUCUCAAUCAGGUCAAGUGAUCACUUUUGAGAAGAGUGCAGUUUACUUCAUCCAGAAAACCAAACCAGAGGUAGCAAACACAAUAAAGCAAAUACUGGGAGUCAAAAGCAUGAACUCUAAAGAGAAGUACUUGGGGUCACCAUUGAUUAUCGGGCACUCAAAGCAAGAAUCCUUCAAAAGUAUUAAAGAAAUUUUUGAGAGAAAAUUUAACACAUGGUCAUCCAUAUCCCUUUCACAGGCAGGAAGAGGUACAAUGAUUAAGCAUGUUCUCAAUGCUGUUCCCAUAUAUCAAAUGGGAACUUUUAAAUUACCUUCUAAUCUUCUUCGGCAGCUAACUGCCAUUGAGAGGAAAUUCUUUGGGGGACAUCAUUCUAGCAAGGGGCAUAAUCCUACAACAUGGAUGAGUAUUUGCAGGCCAACUGAAAUGGGUGGACUUGCUUUUAGGGACCUGGAAAAGCUGAAUUUGGCUCUCCUCACCAAAUUGCCCUGGAGAAUUUGCAGUGAAUCUGACACUUUAAUGGAUAGAACUCUAUCAAGCAAAUACUUCAAUAAUGGAGAUUUACUUCAUCAAAAUAUUACAGCAAAAAACCGCUCUUAUGUCUGGAAUGGGAUCUCAAAAGGUCUAAAGAUUGUUCAGCAUAACUACUUCAUAGAAAUCAAUAAUGGGAGAAAAACAAAAAUCUGGAGGGACAGAUGGAUUAUUGGUAUGCUUCAUCCACCUUCUCCUCAAAAUGAUCAUUAUAGGUUUUAUGAAACUGUGGAAGAGUUAAUGGUUCUUGGAACAUCUCAGUGGAACACUCAACUAAUUAGUUUUUUAUUUGAUGCUGAUACUGCUCUUAAAAUCCAAGCUCUCUUUAUAGACAGCAACAAAGAAGACAACAUGAUUUGGAUGCCUGCAAAAGAUGGAGUUUUCUCUUACAUUCAAACUAAGGAUGAUAAAUGGCUGUAUACUCUGGUGAUUGGAGCAUGGAUAUUAUGGAAGGAUCGUUGUGAUGUGGUUUUUCAGGGAGUUACUCUUAACCCUUUUUCUUCAAUAUGUAAAAUCCAUUACCAUCUUGCUUCUCAUAUGCAUGAAUCUUAUACUGCUGUUUUAACUAACUCUAAUAUAUCCAGAUGGAAACCUCCAUUAGAAAGCAUAUUGAAAUACAAUACAUAUGGCUCUUUUGACUCAGAUUCUAAUCAAUUUGGCACUGGUAUUGUGCUGCGUAAUUCUACAAGUAGCUGUAUUGGCACCAAAGGAACCUAUGGAAAUGGAGCACUAAGUCCAGAGGAUGUGGAGUGUAUGGAUAUUCGUGAAGCGUUAUUAUGGUAA